AUCCAGCACCAAGUCAGUCUUCUCGUAACUGCGACGAGCUGCAAAUAUCUCUGCAUGAUGGAACUACCAAGAGUUGUAUUCAUCAGUAUUGUGUUCUUGUGUGGUGUCAGAGACGCACAUGCUGAUACCAAUUUGACCGACUUGACUGGACAAGUGAGAGUCCUGAGCGCAACUAUCCAAGCAUGGAAAGGAAGAGUUGUUAAUAUUAAGACUGAUAUGAAACAGCACUUUAAGAGGUGGGAGUCAUCACUGAAAAAUCAACUGACUGACACGUUCGUUCCUGCCCUGAUAAAGCCUCUAGUGGAGCAAGCGAACAGACUGAGAGUCAGUGUUCAUUACACAAAAACACAACUUCGGACAGUAACACAACAGUUCAGACGUGUAGAAAGGGAAAGAGACAGUUACAAAGAAAGUAUUUUUAAGCUUCGUAGCGAGGUGAACACAGACAUCCACAGUUUACAGCUGCAGCUGAAUGAGACGAAAGCUGGUCUUCGUGAUGCAAACAUGGUGAACAGUGUUCUUCAGGAAGAUUUAAUUACACUAAAUACAAGCUGUGUGAAGAGAGAAGAGAUAGAAGCGCGCUCCAAUGAUGAACAGUCAUACAGGAAGGGAUUGCAGGAAAUGCAGCAAAAGUUAAAAACUGACAUUCAGAGUUUAAACAUUCAACAAAAUCAGACCAUUGAUGACCUACAUGAUUCAAAUCAAGUAAUCACUGGUCUUACAGAGGACAUGGUGACACUGAAUACAAGCUGUGUGAAGAGAGAAGAGAUAGAAGCGCACACCCAUGAUGAACAGUCAUACAGGAAGGGAUUGCAGGAAAUGCAGCAAAAGUUAAAAACUGACAUUCAGAGUUUAAACAUUCAACAAAAUCAGACCAUUGAUGACCUACAUGAUUCAAAUCAAGUAAUCACUGGUCUUACAGAGGACAUGGUGACACUGAAUACAAGCUGUGUGAAGAGAGAAGAGAUAGAAGCGCACACCCAUGAUGAACAGUCAUACAGGAAGGGAUUGCAGGAAAUGCAGCAAAAGUUAAAAACUGACAUUCAGAGUUUAAACAUUCAACAGAAUCAGACCAUUGAUGACCUACAUGAUUCAAAUCAAGUAAUCACUGGUCUUACAGAGGACAUGGUGACACUGAAUACAAGCUGUGUGAAGAGAGAAGAGAUAGAAGCGCACACCCAUGAUGAACAGUCAUACAGGAAGGGAUUGCAGGAAAUGCAGCAAAAGUUAAAAACUGACAUUCAGAGUUUAAACAUUCAACAGAAUCAGACCAUUGAUGACCUACAUGAUUCAAAUCAAGUAAUCACUGGUCUUACAGAGGACAUGGUGACACUGAAUACAAGCUGUGUGAAGAGAGAAGAGAUAGAAGCGCACACCCAUGAUGAACAGUCAUACAGGAAGGGAUUGCAGGAAAUGCAGCAAAAGUUAAAAACUGACAUUCAGAGUUUAAACAUUCAACAAAAUCAGACCAUUGAUGACCUACAUGAUUCAAAUCAAGUAAUCACUGGUCUUACAGAGGACAUGGUGACACUGAAUACAAGCUGUGUGAAGAGAGAAGAGAUAGAAGCGCACACCCAUGAUGAACAGUCAUACAGGAAGGGAUUGCAGGAAAUGCAGCAAAAGUUAAAAACUGACAUUCAGAGUUUAAACAUUCAACAAAAUCAGACCAUUGAUGACCUACAUGAUUCAAAUCAAGUAAUCACUGGUCUUACAGAGGACAUGGUGACACUGAAUACAAGCUGUGUGAAGAGAGAAGAGAUAGAAGCGCACACCCAUGAUGAACAGUCAUACAGGAAGGGAGCCUCGAGCGACUCGAGUCAGGGAGAAAGGGCUGCACAGAUGACGACAGUGACGACCCAUGCCUCGAGCGACCCGAGUCGGACCACGAGGACACCAGUGACGACCACAAAAAAGCCUGCUACACAGGCGACUCCAUCACCAGCAGACUGCGAGGACCUCUAUGACGCCAGCGAAGCCGGGAACCUGGAGGAGGUGAAGCGGAUCCUGUCUCAGGGCGUGGACGUCAAUUGUAGGUGGGGAGGGUGGAGCGAGACACCGGUGAUGGAGGCAGCAUACAGGGGACACAGAGACGUGGUGGAGCUCCUGGUGAGUGAAGGGGCCGAUGUGUCACUGGUGGACAGGGACGGUUACAACACCCUUCACUACGCCAGUUAUGGAGGACACUUGGAGACGGUGAAGUUUGUGCUGUCUCUGCACGUGGUGGACAUCGACGCCAGGGACAACUACGGGCAGACGGCGGCCGACCUGGCGAGAUCCGGGGGACAUACGCGAGUGUUGGAUCUCCUCGUGUCCCGCGGCGCUCAGUGACGUCAGUGUCGUGUUUGUGUGGACGGUGGGGGGAGACCUGACAGUGACGUGGUGUGCCGUUCACGUCGUCGUGUGUACAUAUGUCUUUAUUUACGUGAAACUGUUUGUUGUUUUUGGAGAUGAAUAAAACUUGUAAAAACUU